UAACAGAAACAAUGUGUGAGUAUGUUACAUCGCAUAUCUAUGGGUGAUGAAAACCGAAUAAUUUUUCAUAAUAUAGGUAUCUUUCUUAAUUUAAAUAAAUAUAAAAAUGUCGAAGGCGGUUAGCAGACUUAAAAGUAUUAAGAAAACAGCAGAGAAAAUACAGCAUGGGAAGCUUCGAACAAACAUUCCGGCAGGUAUGGCUGCAGCAGGGCCACCUUUAGGUCCUAUGUUAGGGCAGCGUGGAGUGAAUAUUGCAGCUUUUUGUAAAGAUUUUAAUGACCAAACAAAAGAUAUUAAAGAAGGUAUCCCUAUUCCAACUCGUUUAACGGUAAAUCCUGAUCGAAGUUAUAUAUUGACCUUACAUAAACCACCAGUGGUGCAUUUCCUAAAACAAGCAGCUGGCCUUCAAAAAGCAGCAAUGGAACCAGGUAAGGAGAUUGCUGGGAAAAUUACUUUAAAGCAUGUUUACGAAAUCGCAAAGAUAAAAAGUGAAGAUCCAACAAUGGAAACUAAAACAUUGCAAGAAAUAUGUUUAAUGAUAUGUGGUAUAGCAAGAUCUUGUGGUAUUGAAGUUGUUAAAGAAUUAAAUGUAGAGGAACACAAACAAUUUAUAGUUGAAAGAGCAGCAAUUGUUGAACAACAGAGAAAAGAAUUACAGGAAAAGAAAGAAGCUAAAAUGUUACGAACAGCAUAGAAGUGUAUAUAUAUAUAUGUAGACAUUGGUAAUUUAUUUUAAAUAAAGUUAAUUAUUAAA